AUGGAGAUCCCUGCCGAGAUUGAACUGCCACCCAAACCGCCUGUAGUACCGCCCAAGACACUACGCGACAGAUUCACACACCGGCUUCCGACAUAUACUGGACCCUACAAUGUUGGUUAUAUGGACAUUGAAGUCCCGGCUCGGGACCCCCGGCCUGUCUCUGAACUGAGACGGCACGGAAAGCCUGUUAUUCGUCUGGACACCGUCCUGAUGGGCAUCUACUAUCCUUCUGAGCUGCGGAAGGACCUUAAGACGCCAGAUGGUCGAAAUACCCUCCACCGAGUGAAUUGGAUGCCCCGGCCACGGAUCGCUACGGCCAAGGGGUAUGCCAAAUGGAUGAAUUUGCCUUGGCUCCCAGUAGCUGGUUAUCUUGCCUCUACUUCUCUCUUCACCAAACUGCCCGCGUUUCGAAAUGCCAAGGUUGCAGACUAUUGGCCCGACCGCAAUAGGAGCAGCGAAGACUCCAAGCAGGGAGAAGAUCAAAAAGACACCGACAAGCCCACGUUUCCCGUCAUCAUUUUCUCCCAUGGGCUGGGAGGCUCAAGAUUAUGUUAUAGUACGAUCUGCGGAGAGCUUGCAAGUUUGGGUUUUGUCGUUGUAGCUGUGGAACACAGAGAUGGAAGUGGCGCGCGCACAUAUGUCAGCUUGCCGGGCGAUAUCGAGGCCAACGAGAUAGAAUCCUCGACAGCCGUUCUUUACAACCACAGCGACGACACAUCUCCGGGUGGAGAGCGCAAGCAUGUUCGGAGGCAAAGGAAGAAGGAGUUGAACCCAUAUUAUGUUGUCGACUACAUCUUGCCCAAAGACAAUGCUCAAGACACAGCACCUCACAACCCCCGAGGGGUAGACCGGAAGCUGCGAUCAGCUCAGAUCCAACUCCGCCUUGAGGAGAUCAAGGAAGCGUUCCACGUUCUGGGGAUGAUCAAUGGAGGGCAAGGAGACGCAGUCGCAGCCAUGAACCUUCGGAAAAAGGGAAAUAUCGGAUCGAGCUCGAUAGGACUGACUGGUGUUCAGUGGGACACCUGGAAAGGCCGGGUGUUCCUCAAGAAUGUCACAGUCAUGGGCCAUUCCUUUGGGGGCGCAACAACUGUCCAAGUACUCCGGGAUGACUCACUAUCAUGGGUUGGGCAAGGCAUAGUCCUAGACAUUUGGGGCCAAGGGACCCCGCCAGGAGGAGAAACGCCGCACAAUACGGUUAAAAAGCCUCUGCUCUCCAUUUCAUCUGAGGCAUUCAUGCAUUGGAGAGCGAACUUUGAGCGAGUUGUGGACAUCUGUAAUGAAACUCGUGGAUCCGGGGCCCUCUGCUGGAUGAUGACUAUUGUUGGCUCAACGCAUCUGACGAUGUCUGAUUUUGCUAUCCUCUACCCUCACUGGAUGUCUCUCUUCACAAAAACAAUGGUCAACCCGAUCCGGGCUCUGUUUCUUUGUGUCUCGCCAUCACUUGAAUUUCUCAAAAUCGUGCUUCCCUCCGAGCAGACAGAGCAUACCGCUUGGCCUAAUGAUGAGAAGCUUCUCAUCUCGGAAGACCCUCCAUCGGAACCAGAAGAGGUCUUGCUGCCAGAUCAUGCCCCCGAACACAAGUGGGUAGCUAUGAGGCUGCGAAUUCAGAAUGAGUUUUGGGUGAGGCUCCGGGCAUGGUGUCGAGUUCUCAAACGCAGGAUACUCCGUCAGGCUUCGGAUGAAGUUGAAUUCAUUAAAGGUCUCCAAGACCUAAGUGCGCACACGGAAGAGAUGUGGACUCAUAUUUGUCCUAGCCCCGGGGAUGUCGAGCGAUAUUCAGGGCGAGUAAAGUCUUGA